AUGCUGGUGCACACUUACCCCGCCAUGGAGCGCCCCGACGGGCUGGGCGCAGCGACUGGCGGGGCCCGCCUGUCGUCCCUGCCCCAGGCGGCCUACGGGCCGGCGCCGCCACUCUGCCACACGCCGGCCGCCGCCGCCGUUGACUUCCAGCCGCCCUACUUCCCGCCGCCCUACCCGCAGCCGCCACUGCCCUACGGCCAGGCGCCCGACGCCGCUGCCGCCUUUCCCCACCUGGCCGGGGACCCGUACGGCGGCCUGGCACCCCUGGCACAGCCGCAGCCUCCCCAGGCCGCCUGGGCCGCGCCCCGCGCCGCCGCCCGCGCCCACGAAGAGCCGCCCGGCCUGCUGGCGCCGCCCGCCCGCGCUCUGGGCCUCGACCCGCGCCGCGACUACGCCACCGCCGUGCCCCGGCUCCUGCAAGGCCUGGCCGACGGGGCGCACGGCCUGGCCGACGCGCCCCUCGGCCUCCCAGGGCUGGCGGCGCCGCCCGGCCUAGAGGACCUGCAGGCCAUGGAUGAGCCGGGAAUGAGCCUUCUGGACCAGUCUGUGAUCAAGAAAGUUCCCAUCCCCUCCAAAGCCAGCAGCCUCUCGGCCCUCUCACUGGCCAAAGACAGCCUGGUUGGUGGCAUCACGAACCCCAGUGAGGUCUUCUGCUCUGUGCCAGGCCGGCUCUCUCUGCUCAGCUCGACGUCCAAGUACAAGGUGACGGUGGGGGAGGUCCAGCGGCGACUCUCACCUCCCGAGUGCCUCAAUGCCUCCCUCCUGGGCGGUGUCCUUCGCAGGGCCAAGUCCAAGAAUGGGGGCCGCUGCCUGCGCGAACGGCUAGAGAAGAUUGGGCUCAAUUUGCCAGCUGGCCGUCGCAAGGCCGCCAAUGUGACACUUCUGACUUCACUGGUGGAGGGAGAGGCCGUGCACCUGGCCCGAGACUUUGGCUACGUCUGUGAGACUGAGUUCCCAGCCAAGGCAGCUGCCGAGUACCUGUGCCGACAGCACGCUGACCCCGGGGAACUGCACAGCCGCAAGAGCAUGCUGCUGGCCGCCAAGCAGAUCUGCAAGGAGUUUGCAGAUUUGAUGGCUCAGGAUCGCUCACCACUGGGCAACAGCCGCCCAGCACUCAUCCUGGAGCCCGGAGUACAGAGUUGCCUGACACACUUUAGCCUUAUCACCCAUGGCUUUGGUGGGCCCGCCAUCUGUGCUGCCCUUUCUGCCUUCCAGAACUACUUGCUGGAGUCACUCAAGGGGCUGGACAAGAUGUUUCUAAGUGGUGCGGGCAGUGGGCAUGGUGACACCAAGGCUUCAGAGAAGGAUGCCAAGCACAGGAAAUAAAUGCUUCUUCCACUGCCUCAUCCCAGAGCGUUUCCCAAGGCCUGAAAUGAGGCCUUAGUUCCUGGGGGUGGGCCUGAACGGAUUAAAAGGUGGAGCUUGAGUCAGGCCAGAAAGAGAACAUUCAUCCAGAGACCGUGGGUGAGAGGGAGAAGGGGAGGUGGCCUCUCUGUGAUGGUUUGUUGGUAAGUUAGGGGC